UCGUAUUUCGUUUCACAAAAUAAAUAUUUCAAUUCACCGAAUUCCCAACCCACUGGGCGCGAAAGUCAUCAACAACAUUUUAAUAUUAUAAAAAAAAAAUUAUUUCGGUCCAACACAAACAUAUGCAGAUGUUUUUCAUGUGUAAAUGUAGUCGCGUUUCCUAAAAAGCGAACGGCGAAAAUGCGAAGUUUAUCUGUUAUUACUAAGUUUAACACCGUUGUUAGUUCUAGUCUACCCGCAGCAUUGCUUCGACGACGUCAGCUGCCGGACUUUAAUAGAAUUUUCUUUUCGUUUUAGAAUUUAAAUCCUAUCCGCCAACAUGUCCGAUGAUGAGGAAUAUUCGUCCGAAGAGGAGGAGGAAGUCGUCGAGACUCAUAAUGAGUAAGCCCGCUGCAAAGAGCGAGGGAGAUGCCGGAGAUCCAGAAUUCAUUAAGCGUCAAGAUCAAAAGCGAUCGGACUUGGACGAUCAGCUUAAAGAAUACAUUAAUGAAUGGCGUAAACAGCGAGCAAAGGAGGAAGAUGAACUCAAAAAGUUGAAGGAGAAACAAGCCAAGCGUAAGGUUACUCGGGCCGAAGAAGAACAGCGUAUGGCUCAACGCAAGAAGGAGGAGGAAGAACGUCGUGUCCGUGAAGUUGAGGAGAAGAAACAACGUGAAAUCGAAGAGAAGCGACAACGUCUUGAAGAGGCUGAAAAGAAACGUCAAGCCAUGCUCCAAGCAAUGAAGGACAAGGACAAAAAGGGACCAAACUUCACCAUUCAAAAGAAAGAAGGUGCCCUUGGUCUUACCUCCACCCAAAUCGAACGUAACAAAACAAAGGAACAAUUGGAAGAAGAGAAGAAAAUUUCAUUGUCGUUCCGCAUCAAACCUUUGGAAAUCGAUAAUUUAGGCGAAAGCAAAUUGAGGGACAAGGCACAAGAACUCUGGGAAUUGAUCGUCAAGUUGGAAACUGAAAAGUAUGAUUUGGAAGAAAGACAAAAGCGCCAGGACUACGAUUUGAAAGAAUUGAAAGAAAGACAGAAACAACAACUUAGGCACAAAGCUUUGAAGAAAGGCUUGGACCCAGAAGCCCUUACAGGCAAAUAUCCACCAAAAAUCCAAGUCGCCUCCAAAUAUGAACGACGUGUGGACACCCGCUCAUACGACGAUAAAAAGAAACUCUUUGAAGGCGGUCUAGAAUUAUUCAACAAAGAAAUCGCUGAAAAAACUUGGAAUGAGAAGAAAGAUCAAUUUGGUGGACGCCAAAAAGCCAGACUUCCAAAAUGGUUCGGUGAACGGCCCGGUAAAAAGGCUGGUGACCCAGAAACACCUGAAGGCGAAGACGAAGUUAAGGCUGACGACGAUGCAUUGGAGGAUGAGGAAGAAGCUGAAGUCGAAGAAGUUGUCGAGGAAGAGGAAGAAGAAGAGGAGGAAGAAGAAGAGGAAGAGGAGGAAGAAGAAGAGGAAGAGGAAGAAGAAGAAGAAGAGGAAGAAGAAUAAAUGUAAUUUUCAAUUUAACAUUUAACAUUAAAACGAACAACCAAAUAUAAAUUAUUAAUAUUGAAAAUUUUUCGUUUUUUCCUUUUCUUCUACGGCUUUUUCAUUUUAGAUAACAAUUCUAAGGCUUUUAAAAAUUUUUGAAAUUUGCCUUUGUUAUUGUAUUUUUAAGCUUUGCCAUCGAAAUGAUCAAUUUGUAAUAAGUAAAAAGUUUUUCUUUUAUCAAACCAUCAUUAAAACAGCAAUAGAAAAAUGUUAAAUUAAAAUAAAACAAAAAAUUUGUUAAAAUUGUCUAAGUGAAAAAAGCAAAUAACAACGUAACUAUUCAGAAGGAAUAAAGAAAAUUCAUCUACAGUA